GUCAGUAGGCACAGAAAGCAAAAGAGACAUCGGUGGCUCUUUUUUCCUCCGAGCGAACUCUCCGAUUCCCGCGAGCCGAUCGGAGUCGCCCCGAAUUCCCGUCGCGUAUAAACCGGGGCGCGGAUUCGCUUAGCCGUCCAUCUCCCUAACCUCCAAGACCCCCGGAUUCUCCCCCGCGCAAAGAUCAUCAAUCUUUGAGAAUCAUCUCGAAUCUCUUUCUCGCUCGCUAUCUCUCUCUCUUUUUCUCCCGUGGUUCCAUUUAUCUGUUCCCUCUGUUCUGCGCUUCGUUCUUCCAUUUUCACUUCCCUAUUUUUCUAUCGCCUGUUUUUCCAUCGCCUUUGAACUCCGUCUAUCUGUCCGUCUGUCUCUCCUUCUCCUCUCACCCCUUCCCUACCCUGCGGAGUCUCUGACUCUGACGUAUCGAAAAGUGUGUCCCUCCGCGGUGAGGAACCCGAUCGUUCGCCGACCACGCGACGUUUAAAGUUUAAAGGACACGGCGAGCGAGCGACGUUCGCUCCGCGGUAAUCCGGACGAUCCGGAGUAUCCGGACCUUGACGGUGUCGAGUGGCGAGCACAUAUCAGCGCGGGAUACCCGUCCCGGCGGUGUGUCGCGUAGACGACGGCGGACAAUUGGUGCGCGCGACGGCGGCGGCGACGGCGACGAGCUCAGCUUCCCGUCCCCGAGCGAAACAGGCAAAAUUCCGACGAUUUACGGUCUAUGAGCGCCAAGAGUCAGGGGGACCCUGGAGAAGAUCACGUUUCCAGGGUAGGAGCGGAGAGCCCUUGCAGCGACAUGAAGCGCGCAGCUGCGAAGAAGCUCAUUGAACGUUACUUUUACCAACUCACGGACGGAUGUGGGAAUCCUCAUUGUGACAAUCAGCAUUGUGCCUCCAGUGGCAAGGUAACUAAUCUUACUCCAAAUCAAGCGGCUGCUCAAGCGAUACAAUUAUUCUCGCAAGAAGCGAGACUUUGCGAUGGUACACAACCCAGUAAAGUUGCUCGGACUACCAUAGAGCCUGGACAAACGUCGUUAGCUAAGAGUCUACCUGUAAAAAGCGUUAAUUCGACGAGCUCCGAUGAAGGAAAACAAGAGUCAUAUCUUACGGAAGCUAAACUUCUGGAUAUUAUAGAAAAAUGUAAAGCGGAAGAUUCAUAUUCUUUGUUAAUUCGUACUUUGGGAGAGGUGUUUUCUUGCGGAAAAGCGUUGAGUCUCAGUUUUCAAAAAACUGAGAAAAGUAAUUCCCCACUGACGGCACUUCUCGAACGAGCACCAGACACUCUGUUCAGGCCACCUGCAGAUUUGAAUAAGGAAGCGGUACGAUCUCUUCAAGGGGAAGAUAAGGAAGAGGAUAGCAGUGAUCCAUCGCCUACAGUUCCUAAUAAUGACGAUACUAGUGUCGAUUUACCAUCGGUCCGUCGAGCUUUUGAAGCACUUUGGUCUUUGCCAGGCGAGGUGUUCGAGUCAGCUCUGGUCAAUGCACUAGUCACUUUGGCGGAUGAUAUAGAACUGAAUCUGAGAGUGUUUCGUAUGGUACGCUGGGACAGUAUGGAUAGUUUGUUAAAUGUAUUUCUCAUUGUUUUUGAAAUUCCGAUGCUCGGAAAUAGCGAAUACUUGGAAUUGGCUCUCCAUAUGUUGUGUAAAGCGUUGAGCUGCGUGCCGGUAUUGGCUCAAGCCAAGCUAGCACGCGUAUGGGCCAAACAUUGCAAGUCGCGGCUUCCAAGCCUUCUGCAAGCGCUUCAAGAACUCAUAACUGUCAAGGUAAUCGGAGGAUCCUUCACACGUGAUUAUUGCGUCCAAGAUGCAGACACUAUUACCGCACCUACGAAAGUUAUGAAAAUUCUGUAUUAUGCGAGUAUGUUGGCUGGUGAAUUAGAUCCUCCAGAGCUGGUAUUAGGCGACGAGGGUGAAUCGGCUAGUAGCGACAAAACUACUUCACGAUCAGCAAUAUCGGGCCAGAUCCCUCAGGACCCAUUAGCGACAGAAUUAGGAAUUACCGCGUUGGAUGCACGUAAACCUUUCAUACCAUUUACUGAUUUUUACAACGAGCCACUUAGCGAUGCCAUAGAGAUGGACAAAGAUUUCGCUUAUUACAAGAGCGAAGAGCCAAUGAAAUUUAGUUUCAUGAAUUAUGCUUUCAUACUUACGCCGGCCACUAAAACUUUGGGCUUGUAUUAUGAUAAUCGUAUCAGAAUGUAUAGCGAACGACGUAUGAGCUUUUUGCAAACCGUUGUUGGGCAACCUACUAAUCCAUAUCUCAGAUUGAAGGUGCGAAGAGAUCAUUUGAUAGACGACGCACUGGUGGAAUUGGAAAUGGUGGCAAUGGAAAAUCCGUCUGAUUUAAAAAAGCAAUUGGUUGUAGAAUUCGAGGGAGAGCAAGGUGUCGACGAAGGCGGCGUAUCUAAAGAAUUCUUUCAACUAGUUGUCGAGGAGAUAUUUAAUCCUGAUUUUGGCAUGUUUACCACUCAGGAAGAUACGCAAAUGACAUGGUUCAAUCCGACAUCGUUUGAAAGUGACGCACAGUUCACAUUAAUAGGCAUUGUUAUCGGUUUAGCGAUUUAUAACAAUGUAAUUUUGGAUGUACGUUUUCCAAUGGUGGUUUAUAGAAAAUUGCUAGGCAGGAAAGGCGGUUUCCCAGAUUUGGAAGACUGGAGUCCGACAUUAUAUCGAACGAUGAAAGAAUUAAUGGAAUAUACGGGAGAUGACAUGCCGGAGAUAUUUAUGCAAACUUUCCGAGUUGGUUACAGGGACGUAUUUGGAUCGUUAUCGUUCCACGAGCUCAAGGAGAACGGCGAUGAGCUCUAUGUCACACAGGAAAACAAAAAAGAAUUUGUCGAUCUCUAUGCGGAUUUCCUGCUUAACAAAUCCGUAGAGAGACAAUUUAAUGCCUUCAGACGUGGCUUCCAAAUGGUUACGGAUGAGAGCCCGCUGGCGUUGCUCUUCAGACCUGAAGAGAUUGAACAGCUCGUUUGCGGAAGCAAAAUAUUUGAUUUUGCCGAGCUGGAGGCAGCUACGGAGUACGAAGGCGGUUACACUGUGGACAGCGAAGCGGUACGUAACUUUUGGCGCGUAGCGCACUCCUUACCACCGGAAAGUCAACGAAGGCUACUUCAGUUUACCACGGGUAGCGAUCGAGUACCAGUCGGCGGUCUUUCGAGACUCAAGAUGGUCAUUGCCAGACACGGCCCCGAUUCUGAUAGAUUACCAAUAGCACACACAUGCUUCAAUGUGUUAUUGUUGCCAGAUUACAGUACAAUAGAAAAACUGCAAGAUCGCUUAUUGAAAGCAAUCAAUUAUUCGAAAGGUUUUGGCAUGUUAUGAGCAUGUUCCGUCGCUCCUCUUUCUUCCACCGUCUUUCGAAUGAGAAUUCGAAGUACACGAUAAGACUCAAUUACUUUUGUCAUUUUAUUCGUAGUUAUAUUAUUCGGAGGUAUUUAUCGUAAUAAUCCAAAACCGUGCCAGUGCGCUUGAAUAUGGAAACGUUGCUUGUGCAAUAUGGAUCAUCAAAAGGCUCCUAACGUUCUAAAAAUUCCAACGAAUCAAAGAUCGAAUCCUUUGUACAAAAACAGAUGUUCUUGAAAAAUGGUUUGAAACUUGCACUACGCUGCAAGAAUCGCUUGUACCAUACUGUGUACUUUUUCUACUAAAAUAUAGGUAACGAAGACCGAUUUCGUUGGCCAUUCCGAAACGAUUGAGGGAAGAAGUGCAAAAGACAUUUCGAAACGCACGACUGCAAUGAUGAGUGUAAAAACCGAACGGGACUGCAUUAUAGAAAUAAAUAUGUAACUUUAGCGAAACAUAGUCAACAUAAACAGGAUGCGUUUCGGGAACUCGAUAGUUAUAAUCAUUAUAUGAUUUUACUUCGAGAUGUUAUUUUAUUUAUAAAUUAUUUUCUCAUUACCAACAAAGUGAUUGUUUGUUGUGAAUAAUGAUUUAUAUAACUUUUUCUAUCAAAGAAAUUUGUUAUAGCAUAAAUUAUCACAACUUCUAAUUCAAUUUAUGUAUUUAUAUAAUACAGACGAAAUUUUAAUCUGAUAAUUGGAAUUUUAUUUUAUUUAUAAAAUACUUAAUUGAAUGUAGUAUUUGUAGCAAUGUGAUUUAUAUAACAAAAUUUAACUUUGAUAAUAUUUAACUAGGUAAAUGAUCAAUAAGAGUGAAAUUAACAUUGGUAUAAAAAAAUGUUCAUUUUUCUUUUAUUGAUUUGCGAAUUUUAAUUUAAUAUACCGUACAAGAUUUAAAAAAAAAAUAAGAGAGAGGCUCUUAUUGUACAAAAUUGUAAUUUCGUUUGGACAUACUGUUUAGCUUCCUAAACGCAUCUGAUGCUGCAAAGCCGAAAACAACCCUUAUACGAAACACACUGAGCUAAUGUCAAUCUGAACGGACUUUUUUUUGUAAAGUAAGGCGUGAGAUAGUGGCGCUUUUGUAUGUACUUUUCUUUCAAUUUCUAACAUUUUUCUCAUGUAUCUCGCGUCACAAUGGUGAUCAAGUAGUAACGAAUAGAAAUUCAAUUUGUAUAAACGUUUAUAAUAGGCAGCUCUUUAACGGCUGCCAAACAUUGUCAGUCGUUUUAUUGUUAUUCACGUGACAAUAAAGCUCUCAGAAAGAAAUAAUAGAUA